UGACCGCUUACUCUAGACUCAUUUUGUCCUCAUAACCUGUGCAGAGGAUUGGUUCAGUUCCAGUUCAGGAUUCAAAACUUACUUCGAAGUGAACCAGUGUUUUUUAGUUUUCACGUCAAGGUAAAACUGCGCCCUUUAAUCGGAGAGAAGGUGUUAAUGUGUGAAGUAACGCAGUGAUUUUGCAAGAAUGAAUGCAGUAACCAAACUCCAGUUCCGAGAGAAUGUUACAGAUUCUGAGUGACUGGUUUUGGUGGGAUCACCUCUGGCUUCCCCGAAAUCUAACCUGGACCGAUCUAGAGGACAAAGAGGGCUUUGUGUAUGCCAAGGUCUCCCAUUUAUAUGUCACAGUCUUCUAUGCUGCUCUCCUGAUGAUAGUCCGGCACUUUUUUGAAAGGUAUAUUGCUACACCUCUUGCCAAAUUACUAGGGGUUAAGGAUCAAAUAAGAUUGAAGGUCACACAUAAUGUGGUUUUAGAAAAAUUUUUUGUCUCCACAUCAAAGCAUCCAACAAGGUCACAGUUAGAAGGUUUGUCAAAGAAAUGCAGUUGGACAGUACGGAUGGUCGAGAGAUGGUUUAGAAGGCGGCGCAAUCAAGAAAGACCAAGUUUGAUGAAAAAGUUUCGAGAAGCUUGCUGGCGAUGUACAUUUUACCUCCUGGCAUUUAUUGGUGGUAUUGCUGUCCUGAUUGAUAAGCCAUGGUUUUACGACACGUGGGAGGUGUGGGUAGGAUAUCCUAAACAGGUCAGUCACUCUGAAUGCUUAACUGUUAACUGUGGUUCCUGUCUACUUUCAAUACUUUGUACUGGGGACUCUUGA